UCUACUCUUUACAUCUCUCUCCGAACAACCGGAACGGAAAAAGGAAGAGGAAUUUUGCAACAUGAAGUCUCUGAUCAUCAUCACGGUGCUGAAGGCAACGUUCUCUGCAGUUGCAGUCGCUGUAUUUCUACUACCCUCUCCAGCUCAUAUGGCACCAUCAGUGCACAAGAGACAAGUAGGACCAUCGGCCAGUAAUACAUCAGUGGAGGCUUAUAAUGGUCUUACCGUCACUCUCAUCUAUACCGAAACAAGACCAGAGUUCAGUAGCAGUAUGGACAACAGAGAUCAGUCGAGUGUUGCCAACAGCAUGUGUGACCUCCUGGCCUACCACGACACACUGGCCACCCCACCA